CUCCCCCGGCCAAGACUCGCCCCGAGCCCCCGACCUGGAGUCCAAGUCCAAAUCCAAGAGGACACAGGGGGGAGCGCAGGAGCAUGUCGAGGAAGCCUGAAGCGAGGACGGCGCUCUGAAUCCCAAGGCUCCUCUUCACCGGGGAGCGUUCGUUCUUCGCCGGUUCCGGCGACAACUAUUGCAAGGGGUUCAAUGGAGAACUUAUGGCAAGGAAUGGAUAAUGCUUCUCAGCCAAUUGGUGAGGUGAAUUACACCCAUGGCAUUGACAUAGGUGAACCCUACAUGUCAACCGAGCAGCAGCUUAACAACUUCCCUCCAGAUGGGUCCCAAAACAUGGACACUGCCGUGGCAGCACAACCUAGAGCUCCUGAAGGACGCAGGAAGGGUACUGCCAAACGUACAAAGAACUUUGCAACAAAGGAGGAUGAAUUUUUAUGCUCGGCGUGGAUUAAUGUGAGCAAGGAUCCUAUUGUGGGAAUCAACCAGCCAAUCCGAUCUUACUGGGCAAGGAUAAAAGCUUACUACGAUGAACACAGUAAAAUUGAAAGGUCCAACUCUGCCCUGCAACAUAGAUGGGCUGAUAUCCAGAAGGACACUUCAAGAUUUUGUGGGUUCUACUCUGAGAUUGAAAGGACAAACCAGAGUGGCAAGAGCGAAAAUGACAAGGUCAAAGACGCCAUCCAGAUGUAUGAGGGUAUUAUCGGAACCACUUUCAAGUUCAUUCAUUGUUGGUAUAUCUUACGCAAUGAGAUGAAAUGGAACAAGUGGCUCGCUUCCAUGUCUGCAAGCAACGAGGAUCCGCAUGUACAACCUGCUGAGGAAAACUUAGAUCCCACGCUCCCUCCUCGAAUUGCUAGGCCAGUUGGCAGGGACAAGGGCAAGAAGGCACGCAGCAGCACCGCUUCCUCAUCUUCAGCUUGCCUUGAAGUGCUGCAAAAGAUGUCCAUGGACCGGAGCGCUUAUGAAGAACGGGUUGAGGCCGCAAGCAACGAAGAGGCCAAGGACAUAGCUUCUCGGUCUGAUCGCAAACUAGCUCUACAGGAAGAGCAGCUGCAAAUUCAGAAAGCGCAGGUGCAAAUACAACAAGAGAUGCUCCAACUCCAGAAGGAAGAUCGGGAAGAACGGGUCAUGAGCAUGGAUGUCGACAAGAUGACACCGUGGGUUCGUGAAUACUACAUCAACAAACAGAAGAAGAUCUCUGCGAUGAGCUUCAGAGAUGAUCGUUCCAGUGGCCCUAGUAGGCAGUAGAUGUAAUUUUAUCAGUUUCCGUAUCAAACUAUGUGUUGAACUAUGCAUGGCUGGGAUGGCUAGUAGAUGUAAUGUUAUCAGUUUCUGUAUCGGACUAUGUGUUCAACUAUGCAUGGCUGGGAUGACCAGAAGAUGUAAUUUUAUCAGUUUCCGUAUCGAACUAUGUGUUGAACUAUGCAUGGCUGGGAUGGCCAAUAGAUGCAAUAUAUUGUGAGAUG